GUCAGGUGAAUCCUGAAACCCAAACCCAACACCGCUUUCUGAGGGAUCCUCCUGCUCUAGUGACGACAGCGGAAGCUGCAGCUGCCCAGAAUCAAAGCAGCAAAUAGUGUGCUCACCCUGGCAUCGGGGCUUAGUGUAGUCCGCUCUUAGCUACAGAGCCGCAGCUGCCCGUGGGGUCAGACAAGGAUAAGGAUCGGGCUGUGUGCGUUUUCUGCCGGGAGCACCGUGCGAAGCGCUUACUAGGGCCGGGACAAGGGCUUCGCUACGGAAAUAACAAAACUUUGGAAGUCUGAUGGUACUGGGAGUGCGGAGGAAACCGUAGUUGUAUAUUGCAAGUACUUCUAUCGUACACAAGGGGUUAACUUGAGUAGUCGCAGCGCAGUGUCCUGGGGUCUCCCUAAGACCCACAUACAUUGUUUCCAGAACUCAGUGCAGCGGUCUUCCUGGUAUAAUCCCACCAUUGUUUAAUUUAUCUUUGGAAUCCUAUUGUCUACAAGCACAAUGUCUGUUGGCUGUUGUUGCAGGCAGUUGGCCUGUUGCUGUGGAACUGCAGCUUGUGCUCUGUGCUGUGCGUGCUGCCCCAAAGUCAAACAGUCUACAACUACACGGGUUAUGUACGCCAUCUUCUUUGUCCUGGUAAUCGUUGUCUGCUUCAUCAUGAUGUCACCAAAAGUGUCUGAUUUCAUGAGCCAACAUGUACCAUUCUACCUUGAUAUCUGUGAACACAUCCAGGCCGGGGAAGCUUGUAACAAGCUGAUGGGGUACUCUGCUGUGUAUCGAGUCUGUUUCGGGAUGGCUUGCUUUUUCUUUAUCUUAUUUUUAUUAACCAUAAAAGUUAAUAACAGCAGGAGUUGCCGGGCCUACAUCCACAAUGGGUUCUGGCUUAUCAAGUUCAUCGUGCUAAUAGCAAUGUGCUCAGGAGCUUUCUUCAUACCUGACCAGGAUACUUUCUUAUAUGCGUGGCUCAUUAUAGGAGCCAUUGGUGGGGGAUUCUUUUUGGUCAUCCAGCUUUUGCUUUUGGUAGAAUUUGCCAACAAAUGGAACAAAAACUGGUUUUCUGGGACCAAGAAGAAUAAACUGUGGUUUGCAGCACUGGCUCUGGUCACCCUUGUUCUUUACACGGUGGCUGUUGCUGCCCUGGGAUUACUUGCUUAUUUUUAUACCCAUCCAGAUGGCUGUCUGCUUAACAAAAUAUUCCUUGGCGUUAAUGGAGGGCUUUGCCUUUUUGUAUCUUUGGUGUCCAUUUCACAUCCUGUACAAUCACGUGAUGAACACUCUGGAUUGCUGCAGUCUGGAAUGAUUAGCUGCUAUGUAAUGUACCUGACAUUUUCAUCCUUGGCAAGCAAGCCAGUAGAAACAAUACUGGAUGAAACUGGGAAGAAUAUCACAAUCUGUGUUCCCAAUUUCAAUAAAGAUUUUAACCAUGAUGGAAAUUUGGUUGCUAUGAUUGGUGCACCCAUUUUACUUGGCUUUAUUUUGUAUUCAUGCCUAUCAUCAACAACACGCUCAAGUUCAGAAGCUUUAAGAAGAAGAUACUCUCCAACAGAAGAAGAAGUGGCACGUUGCUGCUUUUGCUUUACACGCAAUCAAGAAGAUGACCAGGACGAACAUGUAGAAAAAAAAGGAGGGCAAUAUGUUGCCUACAAUGAGGAGAAGACAACGGUGUACCCCUAUUGGUUCUUUCAUUUGGUGUUUUUCUUGGCCACCUUGUACGUAAUGAUGACCGCAACCAACUGGUUUGAUUACAGCAAUGCAGAUAUAGAAAAAUUGUUUACUGGCAGCUUGUCUACUUACUGGAUCAAGAUGGUAUCAUGCUGGGUCUGCAUCUUAAUCUACCUCGGGAAUUUGGUUCUUCCUGUCUGUCGAGCAAAAAAAGGUUCCGUGGUAUAGAAGCUGAGCUGCAAUAAAGCGUUACUUGUGUCAAUAGGUCAGACAAGCUGUUACUGUCAGUUGUGUUUAAAGUCUAUAUUUGGGAAAGCCAACGAGUGGGCAUUUUGUUUGUUGGUUUAAAAAAAAAAAAAGCCAUAUGUUGUUUAGGAUACAUUGUUUGGACACUAUCUUGAUACUAAUGGAAGGGAAACAAACUGUUUGGAUAUGCCGUUUUUUUGUUUUUUUUUAAUAAUAAAUACUUUGUGUUUCUUUUAUUUUAUGUUCUUAUUCAUGUUGGAAAUAAGCCGAACCUAUUAUGUAGCUAAUGCACGGUGCUGGCAUCUUUCUCUUAAACCUUGGGACACAAUUAAGGGCUAUUACAAAUUCAUAUUAAUGACAUUCCCAGCAGAAUCUUCAGGUAUAUAUACACUGUAGCUUAAUGAUGUACUUAAUGAAAAGGAUGACUGAGAGCUACGUUUAUUUGUUGUUGUUUUUUUAAUUUCAAAACAAACCAGAACUGCUUUCAAAUGUAUUAUUAUUGUGGGGAAAUUGCAAAUAGUUGAAAUACAGGUCACAUCUAAAGUCUUCUAAAUUUUCUUACGAUUUUUUUCUGUAUUAUGGUCUUGUGUUUAUCCUUCGCUAUUGUCACUGCCCCAUGAGCCUUUUUAACACAUUCUAAAUGUUAGUAUUAGUGCUACCGAAUCUUUUUACCAAGCAGCAAUACCAUGUACUUUCUUUGUUAAAGGGAUAGAAAGGUCAAAACUGAAAAUGUGCAUAAGGGUGCAUUUCAGAUUAAAAUAGAAUAAUUUUUGCAAUAAAUAUCUAUUAGCAAAAAUGCUUCUAGUGAAAGCUAUCGCUGCUUUUCAGCGGCAUACACAUAUAUGCUGCGAGGGCCUGUGCAUGAGUAUAUAAACGCUGCACAGUCUCAGAGAGUCAACAGUAGUUUGUAUGACACAGGCACAAUACACACCAUCGUCCGCUCUCAAAGGUUGAAUACUGGCGCACGGGCCCUCACUGCAUAUGUGCGUAUGCUGCUGAAAAGCAGUAAUAACUUUUUUACCAGAAGUGUUUUUGUUAAUAGAAGAAUAUAGCAAAAAUGCACCCAUGUACAUUACAGUCUCUUUAAAUAUCUUUUCAUGGAACAUUUAUGUUUGGGACAACAGUUUCCCUCUUCUUUUAAUAAUCUUGUGAUGUCAGCGAGGGCUUCAUAUUCUGAUUUUGUGUCAAUCUGUUGGGGCAGUGUCUACCAGUUUAUACCUAAGUGUGUAUGUAUCUCACUCACUGUCUGUCUUUCUAUUUCUUUCUGCUGAUUUAUCUUUGUAUAUUUAUCUCUCAAUCUCAGCCUCUCUCUAAUUCUUGGAGAUAAUAUAUUUAUGUACUGUAUUUGCUUGAUUAUAAGACUUUUUUUCAGAAAAGAAACUCUGAAAAACAGACAGUCUUAUAAUUGAGGUUGUCUUACUUUCAAGCCUGAAACCGGACAAAAUUCAAGGACACCAGCCCCUGUUUUCACUACAGUAUAACAGGCAGUGAGACCGAGCUCAGUAGCAGCUAGAUUUACCUUUGAGUGGCCCCUGUCUCUUCCCUACUAUAAAAUUGAAACCAGGCAGACUGGGUAGUAGCAGCAGCAGCUAGAUUCUGUGCAGUUAAAGGACCGGCAAACUCAGUCACAUCACAGGCAGAAGCCAUGUGACUGCAGUGAGUGACAUGAUUGGUCCUUUAGUGAACUGGAUCAUUCUAGCUGCAGAUUAGCUACCAGGUAAUACCAGUAAAUGUUAGGUUACAGCUUACUGGAAUUCAUGAUGGGUGCAGCAGAGAGAGGGGUUCAGAAUUAAGAUUAAGAGGGUGAAGGUGAAGAGACAGAGGGGGCUAUUUGUGAGGCAAAGUGGACUGAUAGUUUUCAUAGGUGCAAGAGGAGAAAUGCAGCAUAGUGCUUAGUUAAGCCUUCAUGUCUCAUUUUAAAGGGACAUUGUACUGAUAAUAAUAAAAUGCUCUUAUUGCACUGAUGUUGGACUGAUAAAACAAUAUUUUAUAGCAAAAACUGUGUUCUUUUUUUGGGGAGGGGGGUCGGGUCGUCUUAUAAUUAAGGUCUUUUUUUUUUUUUUUUAAAUAUCCACAUCUGGGGGGCACAAAGCACAAAUAAGCACUGCUCUGAAGACAGGCAGUGAGAGGAUUAGGAGAAGCAUACUCAGGUAGCUGUAUUCUGCUCAGUAGUCAUGUAUUAUGGCUAGCAAGUGGGACUUUAGCUGUUUGUUAAACACAUUAUUUAUCUAGGGUUUAUCAAUGCAAAAAUAUUCUAAAAAUCAUUUUAGAAAUGAUCAGAGCACAAAAUCAUAGUAUGUGGUAUGUUUUGUGUCUCGGCAUUAACGACGCAAUGAAAAGCUUAUUAAUAAGGUUUUUAUGCCUUUACCGUUUUUGGUGUCAGAAGUUUGUAUUUGGUAACCCUCAUAAAAAUAUAUAUUUAUGUACAACCUUUUAUUUAUUUUUUUUCAUUCAUUUCAGUAAGUUUAUUUGGAGAGAAAAAAAAUCAUAUGUCUGGGUAGAAACAGAUAUAUAUCUAUUUGUAAUAAAUAAGACAUUUGGUGUAAAGUAUGUUUCAAGAGUAUAUCCUUAUUAAUUUAAAUACAGAAGAUAUAAAUUGUAUUUGGUAUUAUGGUAUUUAAAUGUUUUAUAUACAAAUACAGUUUUACAAAUAGACAAUGACAGUUCCUAUAUAGUAUUUUGCAGGAAAUAAAACCUUUUUUAUUUAUUAACCAGUAUAAUGUAAGGACGGUGUCUAUUGGGGAAGUGAACAAAUUUAGAAUGGUUUUUGAGCGGCUAAAUUUAUUGGCCUAAUCUGGGCAGACAAAAGUCACUGACCAGAUUAUGUGUAUGGUUAAUUAGGGAAGUUAUUAUAGAGGUAAAUUUAAAGUGAUUGUAAACUUUAACAAAUUAAACCCCAGGAUCAAAAAGUAAUCUUAAAAACAGGGGGACUUUAAUUCAAGAUGUGGGCGGAUUGGUGUUAUGUUUACCAUAAUGCGAAGGUGUAAGUAUUUUUUUUUUUUUUAAACGUCUUUGUAAACUUUAAUGAAUUAAAGUGCCCCUGUUUUUAAGAUUAUUUUUUGAUCCUGGGGUUUAAUUCGUUAAAGUUUACAAUCACUUUAUGGUGGUUUCAACUAGAUAGUUUUUUGUUUUUUUGUGUAUUUAUAUGUGUAAAUACAUAUUAAUACAUAAAUAUAUAUGUAUAUGAAUAUAUACAUAUGUAUGUGUGUUUAUGUGUAAAUACAUAUUAACACAUAUUAACACAUAAAUAUAUAUGUAUAUAAGCAUAUACAUAUAUUAACACAUAAAUAUAUAUGUAUAAAAGCAUAUACAUAUAUUUACAGUGAACACACAGUCCCCAUAGACUGCAAUGUAAAGACACUUUUCAGUGCCGUUUUUUCUCUUGUAAGGUGUAUCCAGUCCACGGAUCAUCCAUUACUUGUGGGAUAUUCUCCUUCCCAACUGGAAGUUGCAAGAGGACACCCACAGCAGAGCUGUCCAUAUAGCUCCUCCCCUAACUGCCAUACCCAGUCAUUCUCUUGCAACUCUCGACAAGCAUGGAAGUAGUAAGAGAGAAGUGGUGUAACGUAGUUGUAUUUUACUUCAAUCAAAAGUUUGUUAUUUUAAAUGGUACCGGAUUUGUACUAUUUUUGUCCCAGGCAGAAAAAGAAGAAGAAUCUGCCUGUGAUCUCUAUGAUCUUAGCAGGUUGUAACUAAGAUCCAUUGCUGUUAUCACACAUAACUGAAGAGAGAGGUAACUUCAGCUGAGGAAUGGCGUGCAGGUUAUCCUGCUAUGAGGUAUGUGCAGUUAAAAAAAAAAUUCUAGAGAUGUAAAUGCUAGAAAAUGCUGCUGAUACCAGAUUUAUGUAAGGUAAGCCUGAAUACAGUGAUUUAAUAGCGACUGGUAUCAUGCUUACUUGCAGAGGUAAUACUCUUAUAGAAUUUCAAUAUAAAACGUUUGCUGUCAUGUUUAAACGUUUUUAUAUAUGCUUUGGUGAUAAAACUUUAUUGCAACCUAGUUUUUUUUCCACAUGGCUGGCUUAAAUUUGCCUAGAAACAGUUUCCUUAGGCUUUCCACUGUUUAGACAUGAGUGGGAGGGGCCUAAUUUAGCGCUUUAUUGCGCAGUAACUUUUACAGACUGAGACAUCCAGCUUUCCUCCAGGAGUCCCCUGAAUGCUAUAGGACCUCUCUAAAGGGCUCUUAGGCUUUCCAAAGUCAUUUGUUUGGGAAGGUAGGGCCACAGCAGGCUGUGGCAGUUUGUUGUGACUGUUAAAAAACGUUUUUUUGAUCCGUUUUUUUAACUAAGGGGUUAAUCAUCCAUUUGCAAGUGGGUGCAAUGCUCUGUUAGCCUAUUAUACACACUGUAAAAAUUUCGUUUAAUUUACUGCUUUUUUUCACUGUUUUUCAAAUUCUGACCUUUUUUAUUUUUCUUAAAGGCACAGUACCGUUUUUGUUUUUUGCUUGUUAACUUGAUUUAAAGUGUUUUCCAAGCUUGCUGGUCUCAUUGCUAGUCUGUUUAAACAUGUCUGACAUAGAGGAAACUCCUUGUUCAUUAUGUUUAGAAGCCAUGGUGGAACCCCCUCUUAGAAUGUGUACCAAAUGUACUGAUUUCACUUUAAGUAAUAAAGACCAUAUUCUGUCUUUAAAAAAUUUAUCACCAGAGGAAUCAAACGAGGGGGAAGUUAUGCCGACUAACUCGCCCCACGUGUCAGGCCCUUUGACUCCCGCUCAAGGGAUUCAUGCUCAAAUGGCACCAAGUACAUCUAGGGCGCCCAUGGCGUUUACAAGACAUGGCGGCAGUCAUGGAUAAUACACUGUCAGCGGUAUUAUCCAGCCUACCUGGGUUUCGAGGAAAGCGAGAUAGCUCUGGAGUUAGAAGAAAUACAGAGCAUACUGACGCUUUUGUAGCUAUGUCUCAUACUCCCUCAUAAUAUACAGAAGCUGAGGAAGGAGAGCUUCUUUCUGUGGGUGAUGUUUCUGACUCAGGGAAGAGGAUUCAACCUGAUUCUGAUAUGUCAACAUUUAAAUUUAAGCUUGAACACCUCCGGGUAUUGCUCAGGGAGGUUUUAGCUGCUCUGAAUGACUGUGAUACAAUUGCAGUGCCAGAAAAAUUGUGUAGAUUGGACAAAUACUAUGCAGUGCCGGUGUGCACUGAUGUUUUUCCAAUACCUAAAAGGUUUACAGAAAUUAUUACUAAGGAAUGGGAUAGACCAGGUGUGCUGUUCUCUCCCCCUCCUAUUUUUAAGAAAAUGUUUCCAAUAGAUGCCACCACACGGGACUUAUGGCAGACAGUGCCUAAGGUGGAGGGAGCAGUUUCUACCCUAGCUAAGCGUACUACUAGCCCUGUCGAGGACAGUUGUGCUUUCUCAGAUCCAAUGAAUAAAAAGUUAGAGGGUUACCUUAAGAAAAUGUUUAUUCAACAAGGUUUUAUUCUACAGCCCCUUGCAUGCAUUGCCCCAGUCACUGCUGCUGCGGCUUUCUGGUUUGAGUCUCUGGAAGAGGCUUUACAGUUAGAGACUCCAUUGGAUGACAUGCUUGACAAGCUUAGAGCACUUAAGCUAGCCAAUUCUUUUGUUUCUGAUGCCAUUGUUCAUUUGACUAAACUAACGGCUAAAAAUUCUGGUUUUGCUAUUCAGGGGCGCAGGGCGCUAUACCUUAAAUCAUGGUCAGCUGACGUCACUUCCAAGUCUAAGCUGCUUAACAUUCCCUUCAAGGGGCAAACCCUAUUCGGGCCUGGUUUGAAGGAGAUCAUUUCUGAUAUCACUGGAGGAAAAGGUCAUGCUCUUCUUCAAGAUAGGUCCAAAUCAAGGGCCAAACAGACCAAUUUUCGUGCCUUUCGAAACUUCAAGGCGAGUGCGGCAUCAACUUCCUCUAAUGCAAAACAAGAGGGAAAUUUUGCCCAGUCCAAGCAGGUCUGGAGACCUAACCAGACCUGGAACAAAGGUAAGCAGGCCAAAAAGCCUGCUGCUGCCUCUAAGACAGCAUGAAGGAUUGGCCCCCGAUCCGGUAACGGAUCUAGUGGGGGGCAGACUUUCGCUCUUCGCCCAGGCUUGGGCAAGAGAUGUCCAGGAUCCCUGGGCGUUGGAAAUUGUAUCCCAGGGAUAUCUUCUGGACUUCAAAGCUUCUCCUCCAAAAGGGAGAUUUCACCUUUCACAAUUAUCUGCAAACCAGAUAAAGAGAGAGGCAUUUUUACACUGUGUUCAAGACCUCCUAGUUAUGGGAGUGAUCCACCCAGUUCCAAAGGAGGAACAGGGACAAGGAUUCUAUUCAAAUCUGUUUGUGGUUCCCAAAAAAGAGGGAACCUUCAGACCAAUCUUAGAUCUCAAGAUCUUAAAAAAAUUUCUCAGGGUCCCAUCAUUCAAGAUGGAGACUAUUCGUACCAUCCUGCCUAUGAUCCAGGAGGGUCAAUACAUGACUACAGUGGACUUAAAGGAUGCUUAUCUUCACAUUCCGAUACACAAAGAUCAUCAUCGGUUUCUCAGGUUUGCCUUCCUCGACAGGCAUUACCAGUUUGUAGCUCUUCCCUUUGGGUUAGCUACAGCCCUAGGAAUCUUUACAAAGGUUCUGGGGUCACUUCUGGCGGUCCUAAGGCCGCAGGGCAUAGCAGUAGCCCCUUAUUUAGACGACAUUCUGAUACAGGCGUCAAAUUUCCAAAUUGCCAAGUCUCACACGGACAUAGUUCUGGCAUUUCUGAGAUCGCAUGGGUGGAAAGUGAAAGAAGAAAAGAGUUCUCUAUCCCCUCUCACAAGAGUCUCCUUUCUGGGAACUCUAAUAGAUUCUGUAGAAAUGAGGAUUUACCUGACGGAGUCCAGGUUAUCAAAACUUCUAAAUUCCUGCCGUGUUCUUUAUUCCACUUCUCGCCCUUCGGUGGUUCAGUGUAUGGAAGUAAUCGGCUUAAUGGUAGCAGCAACGGACAUAGUGCCGUUUGCCCGUCUACAUCUCAGACCGCUGCAACUCUGCAUGCUCAGUCAGUGGAAUGGGGAUUACACAGAUUUGUCCCCUCUACUAAAUCUGGAUCAAGAGACCAGGGAUUCUCUUCUCUGGUGGCUAUCUCAGGUCCAUCUGUCCAAAGAUAUGACCUUUCGCAGGCCAGAUUGGACAAUAGUAACGACAGAUGCCAGCCUUCUGGGCUGGGGGGCAGUCUGGAACUCCCUGAAGGCUCAGGGAUCAUGGACUCAGGAGGAGACCCUCCUCCCAAUAAACUUUCUGGAACUAAGAGCGAUAUUCAAUGCUCUUCAAGCUUGGCCUCAGCUAGCGACAAUGAGGUUCAUCAGAUUUCAGUCGGACAACAUCACGACUGUGGCUUAAAUCAACCAUCAGGGGGAACAAGGAGUUCCCUAGCGAUGUGGGAAGUUUCAAAGAUAAUUCGUUGGGCAGAGAUUCACUCUUGCCACCUAUCAGCUAUCCAUAUCCCAGGUGUAGAGAACUGGGGAGCGGAUUUUCUAAGUCGACAGACUUUUCAUCCGGGGGAGUGGGAACUCCAUCCGGAGGUAUUUGCACAAUUGGUUUAACGUUGGGGCGAACCAGAACUGGAUCUCAUGGCGUCUCGCCAGAACGCCAAACUUCCUUGUUACGGAUCCAGGUCCAGGGACCCCAAGGCAAUGCUGAUAGAUGCUCUAGCAGCGCCUUGGUCCUUCAACCUGGCUUAUGUGUUUCCAUCGUUUCCUCUGCUCCCUCGUCUGAUUGCCAAAAUCAAGCAGGAGAGAGCAUCGGUAAUCUUGAUAGCGCCUGCGUGGCCACGCAGGACUUGGUAUGCAGACCUGGUGGACAUGUCAUCCCUUCCACCUUGGACUCUGCCUCUGAGACAGGACCUUCUACUUCAGGGUCCUUUCAACCAUCCAAAUCUAAUUUCUCUGAGACUGACUGCCUGGAGAUUGAACGCUUGAUUUUAUCAAGGCGUGGCUUCUCCGAGUCAGUUAUUGAUACCUUAAUUCAGGCAUGAAAGCCUGUCACCAGGAAAAUCAUAAGAUAUGGCGUAAAUAUCUUUAUUGGUGUGAAUCCAAGGGUUACUCAUGGAGUAAAGUCAGGAUUCCCAAGAUAUUAUCUUUUCUGCAAGAAGGAUUGGAGAAAGGAUUGGCAGCUAGUUCCUUAAAGGGACAGAUUUCUGCUCUGUCUAUUCUUUUGCACAACCGUCUGGCGGAUGUUCCAGACGUUCAGGCAUUUUGUCAGGCUUUAGUUAGAAUCAAGCCUGUGUUUAAACCUGUUGCUCCACCAUGGAGUUUAAAUUUGGUUCUUAAAGUUCUUCAGGGUGUUCCGUUUGAACCUGUUCAUUCCAUAGAUAUCAAACUUUUAUCUUGGAAAGUUCUAUUUUUGGUAGCUAUUUCCUCGGCUCGUAGAGUUUCCGAGUUAUCUGCCUUACAAUGUGAUUCCCCUUAUCUGAUCUUCCAUGCAGAUAAGGUAGUUUUGCGUACCAAACCUGGGUUUUUACCUAAGGUGGUAUCUAAUAAGAAUAUCAAUCAGGAGAUUGUUGUUCCGUCAUUGUGUCCUAAUCCUUCUUCAAAGAAGGAACGUCUAUUACACAAUCUUGACGUGGUUCGUGGUUUAAAGUAUUAUUUACAAGCUACUAAAGAUUUUCGGCAAACAUCUGCUUUAUUUGUUAUCUACUCUGGACAGAGGAGAGGCCAAAAGGCUUCGGCAACUUCUCUUUCUUUUUGGCUAAGGAGUAUAAUACACUUAGCUUAUGAGACUGCUGGCCAGCAGCCUCCUGAAAGGAUUACAGCUCAUUCUACUAGAGCUGUGGUAUCACACAUGGGCCUUUAAAAAUGAGGCUUCUGUUGAACAGAUUUGCAAGGCGGCGACUUGGUCUUCGCUUCAUACCUUUUCAAAAUUCUAUAAAUUUGAUACUUUUGCUUCUUCGGAGGCUAUUUUUGGGAGAAAAGUUUUACAGGCAGUGGUACCUUCCGUUUAAGUACCUGCCUUGUCCCUCCCUUCAUCCGUGUACUUUAGCUUUGGUAUUGGUAUCCCACAAGUAAUGGAUGAUCCGUGAACUGGAUACACCUUACAAGAGAAAACAUAAUUUAUGCUUACCUGAUAAAUUUAUUUCUCUUGUGGUGUAUCCAGUCCACGGCCCGCCCUGUCAUUUUAAGGCAGGUAUUUUUUAACUUUAAACUACAGUCACCACUGCACCCUAUGGUUUCUCCUUUCUCUUGCUUGUCUUCGGUCGAAUGACUGGAUAUGGCAGUUAGGGAAGGAGCUAUAUGGACAGCUCUGCUGUGGGUGUCCUCUUGCAACUUCCUGUUGGGAAGGAGAAUAUCCCACAAGUAAUGGAUGAUCCGUGGACUGGAUACACCACAAGAGAAAUAAAUUUAUCAGGUAAGCAUAAAUUAUGUUUUUUCUUAUCACCCCACAUCCUCUCACUUUAACCCCUAAAACUGCUUUGUGCAGUUAUUAUUUAAAAACAUAAAGAUGCUACAUUUUUUUAAUUUUAAUAAAGUUACCAUACAGUUUGUUUUGGGCGCAGUUGGGGGGGACAUUUUUCAAAUUAACCAGAUAUCAGAUUUUCAAGUGCUAAUUGCGACAGCGAGCUUGUGGUAGCAUUAACCAGUCAUUUGUAAUGGCUGGUCAUUUAUCGUGUGCCCGUAAACAGUCGAUUUAGUCCUCUUACGGGUUCUUGUUAAAUUAGUGCUCCACUUGUAAUCUAGCCUUAAAUAGGUCCUGGGGAGAUCACUGUAAAUGUAUAUUGUUAAACAUUUUACAGACAUUCCUAGUAUAAAUAUUGUAUUUAGCUCAUAAAAGGUUUACUUGCCACAAUUUCUCACUAUGCUCCAAGACUGGUACUUGGGGUAUGUAAAUGAUGCCAGUCUCACUGGCACUAAGGGCAGGAUAAUGUUUUUAAUAUUCAUUUAGGAAGAGAAGUUCACUAGAAUUUCAGCAUAUGUCCUGUAUCUACUUACUCUGGGUUGAAUAUAGUUUCCUUAUAUCUAAUAUUGCUAGUUAGAGAUAAUGCCAGAUCUAGUUGUUCCGUGUUUCUAAAUGCGGAGGUGCCAUACAUCUUGUAGCUGUUUUGCAUCUGCUCAGAGCAAACAAAGGCGGAUUGAUCUUGGUGCCAUGUUAUUAGAAAAAAAAGGUAUAAACGUAAAAAUAUAAAUUCUGUAUUUUGCUAGAGCAUUUUAUUAUUAAACACAUUUUGUUUUGUAUUUUUUUUUUAAAUCUCCCCCCCCCCCCCCCCGAGUGUUUAACUACAGUAACACAUAAAGUUGUAUACUGAAGCACAAUGCAUUGCUGUGCCUGAGAAGGAUACAGUGAUUCAGCCAAUCAAAAACAUCAUAUGAAUGUAUCUGCCAAUCAGCAGCUGUGUCCUGUUCAGGAACUGCAAAGUAGAGAAAGUUGGACAUGUGACUUUAAAUAUAUCUUUAACCCAAUGAAAGUGAUUAAACACAAUGAAAAAAUGGUUUGAAAAUAAAAUAGAAGAUUUUAUGUCCUAUCCGCUUUAAAAUGUUAUUUUAUUCUCUCAUGCUGAAAUUUACUUUGCAUUAUUCUAAGAGCUGCCCUUUGUGUACUCCAGUAGAAUAGGUUAUGCAUUUUUGUCAUUUUCAGUUAUUUGUAGAGUUUCAACAGUUCAGCCCUGGGUUUCUUUCUAGCGUUGGUAUAAAAAAAAACUGGUCAGUCUUUUGUAACAUCUUAAAAUCAAGCUUGCAUUGAAUAAUUAAUCCUUGUGAUAAUGUUGUCUUUGUUUAAUUUGCUUUGCUAGAUCUGUAGAGGUCGACAGACUUGCUAUUUUUUUCACAUUGUAAUGUGUAGGCUACAUAGAAGUGUUUGUCUUUCAUAUUUACAUCAUUUACAAUAUUUAUUUUGCUGUACAGUGUACUGGAAUUUGCUUUCACCCUAAUUAAAAUGAGAUGAUACAUUUUUAAACAAAAAAAAACAAUUUAUGAUAUUCAGUUUUUUGCUUUUUUAUAUAUAAUGCUGUUUCGGUUUAUUGAAUAUUUUGUUCAUAUAAAAACUUUAUGAAAUGUUAUAUUGUAAAUUAAUAUAAAUAGAUAACAAUAUACCAAAACCUGAUGUAGUAAAAUAUUUGGAAGCUUUUAAUAUACAUGGUGCUGCGAAAUCAAAGAAUUUCAGUGGGGUUCUAAGCCGUUAUUUUAAAUGCAUAUUGUAUAUUUUUUACUUUUUACAAACAUUUUUAUGUAAUUUGGUCUCAGUCAGAAAUCAACACUAUGUUUUUAGGGUCAGCACCAAUAUUCAGUACUGGAAAACAUUACUGACAACUGUGUUUUCUCAGUUUUUUUUUUUUUUUUUCAUUUGUAUUUUAUUGUUUUUAAAAUAAAGAAAAUGAAUAAAUGA